ACUAUUCAAACAUACACCUAAUACACAAAAUGAGUCUCCCUACCACAUACAAGGCGGCGGUGGUCCCCGAACCGCACGCGCAACACACCAUCACCGACCGGUUUCUCCCGGCCCUGGAACCCAACCAGGUGGCCAUCAAGAUUACAGCCACGGCCGUGAACCCCGUGGACUGGAAGAUCCGCGACUACAAUGUAUUCCUGAAGUCAUACCCAGCAGUGCUGGGCUCCGACGCCGCGGGCACGAUCGUGGGCGUGGGGUCUGAGGUGAAGAGCCACACGGUCGGCGAGCGGGUGUUCUUCCAGGGCAUCAUCGGCAACUACGCCGCCUCGACCUUCCAGCAGUACUGCGUGAUGCCGGCCGAGCUGGUCUCCAAGACACCCGCCAACAUCUCCGACGACCAGGCCGCGGGCAUCAGUCUGGCCUCGAUGGCCGUUGUCACGGGCUUCUACGACAAGACCGGCCACGCGAUCGCUCCGCCGCCCUGGGAUGCGGCCGGUGGCUCCGAGGCCGGCAAGGGCAAGGCCAUCGCCAUCCUGGGCGGCUCGUCUAGCGUGGGCCAGUACGCCAUCCAGUUCGCGCGCCUGUCCGGCUUCGACCGCAUCAUCACCAACGCCAGCGCCGCGCAUCAUGAGUUCUUGAAGGGCCUGGGCGCCCAUGUCGUGCUCGAUCGGAAGAGCGCCACGGCCCAGGACUUCGUGGCCGCCGCGGGUGAGGGUGUCGCCCUGAGCUAUGUGUAUGAUGCUAUCUCCACCAAGGAGACGCAGAAGCUGGGCGUCGAGAUCGCCCAGGCCACUCAGGGUAAAGCGCAGCGCGUCGUCACCGUCCAGAUGGUUGACCAGGAGGCCGCGCAGCUGGGCGAGUCCAAGGAGCCCAAGGUCGAGAUCAAGCAGAUUCUCGGGCUUGGCAGUUCGCCCGCCUUGCGGCAUCUGAGCGAGCCCAUGGUUAAGGCUCUCGGUGGCGAGGAUGGUUACAUCGCUAAGGGCUUGUUUGUGCCCAACCGCGUGCGUCUGAUCGAGGGCGGCAUUGGUGCUAUCGAGGAGGCGCUGAAGACGAACAAGGAGGGCGUGUCGGGUGAGAAGGUUGUCUUCCGCCCGAACGACGCUUAGAUUGAUGCGUUCUGGUGAUUGAAAAGUUGUUUCAUGUUGUAUAUACCUAUAAUAAUGAAUUGCAAGAAGGUCACAGGUUAGCGAGCCGUCAAUUCGAGCCAGCAGGUCCUCUUGACGAGCAGCCACG